AGUUAAUAAUAAUAAUAAUAAUAAUAAGGCUCUCUCCUCUCCUCAUUCAUGGGGUUAGCGAGAGGCGAGAUGUCAAUGCUCCAUGCACAUGCUUUAUGCUUAUUAGCUCAGAUGCCGAUGCCACCGACGCCGAUAACCUUAUACCGAUCCUGUAGCCUCGCGUAGCCUAGAGUACUGACCAUCAUCAUCGCAAAGCCAUUCGAAAGUCAAUCACCCGCAGUCAAUCACCGCAGUCAAUCACCUGCAUUAUGGAUCUCUUAUCUACUAUACGAAAAUCUGGUUCACGAGGAGGUGUAAACUUUAGUUGGGAUGAGGUUCAAAGUUCCCAACAUCGAGAAAAUUACCUGGGCCAUUCUCUUAUGGCCCCAGUUGGUCGAUGGCAAAAGGGAAAAGAUUUGAAUUGGUACGCAAAGGGAGACGCGGAAUCGACUGGCAAUGAGACUGCAGAAGAGAAACAGGCACGAGAGAGAAAAGAAGAGAUUCGAAAAAUAAAAGAGGCUGAGGAAGACGCGAUAGCAAGGGCUCUAGGAUUACCGGUCGCACAGCGUGGUGAAGCUACAGGAGCAAAUAACGUGGAAGUUGGAGAAUUGAAUAGAGUUAUUAAAGAAUCGGAAGAAGGAACCGAUGAUGCUGAAGGAAUGGGAAAGGGUACCGGAUUUAGCGAUUAUGUUGGUAAUACUGAUGGGCAAGAGAUGCUGCAGAUAAAAUCCGAGCCUUCAGAGCAGAGAGGUGGAUUGCUGAGGAAUGACCGCAAUAAUGAAAGAAUCAAUAGAUCCGGAGGGGAUAGAGAAGGGCGAUCAAAGGAAAAAGAUAGACGAAGACAUCGAAGUCGAAGUAGGGAUCAUGAACGAGAGCGAAGUCACAGGAAGCAUCGACAUAGAUCAAGAAGUGGUGAGCGGGAACAUCAUAGGCGUCGACAUGAUGCUAGUCCGCGAAGGAGGGAAAGAAGCCGCAGUCCAGCAGCUCGACCCCGCAGAUAUCGGAGCAGAAGUCCCGAUCGAAGACAUCGGUCAAAGAGAGAAGAUGAGAAUUCUAGACACAACGAUCCACGGGAGCGAGUGCCUCGAAGAAGUCGCUCGCCAGACAUACGAGGCAGAGAAAGGAUGCCAGAGAAACGACGUUAA